AUGUCCAAACCUUGGUUCAGAAACUCGAAAAAUCAGAAGGUACCUGCAAACUUUUCAGAUCCCAGUUCCAUAGAGGAUCUACCAAAUUUUGGCUAUCCUGGGUUCAGAUUAUAUUUUAUUGAAGACUCAAACUUAGAUUCAGAAGAAGUAAUCAAACACUCACAACAUUUUGGAGAGUUCUUUGAAGAGAAUCCAGAGUCCUACUCUACAACAGAUAUUACUAAUGACAGAUUUUUCAUGGUAGAUUUUAAAUCUCUUACUGAAAAUGAUAAGCUCAUUUCAAAAUGGGAUGAUUUCAAGAACAAUUUGAUUGAUAAUUGUGAGUAUUUCUUGAAAUGUAUGGGUCUAGCAAUGCACCAGUUCAUAUUAAAAAGUCAUCAAUACAAAGAACAAGAAAAACAGGGAAAUGUGGAGGUCCCAAUGAUUCAAGCCAGAAUAUAUAAUGUUGAGCCUAUAUUACUGUUGAGAGAUCUUAGAGUGAAUUAUUUAGAAAAACUUGUCACAAUCAGAGGAACAGUCAUAAAAGCAAGUCAUGUGAAGCAAAUCUGCCAAUACAUGACAUUUUCUUGCAAAGCUUGUUCAGGUACACAAAUCACAAAACAAGUUGAUGGUGCUUUUACAGUACCAUUAAAUUGCAAGACCAAAGGCUGCAGAGCACAGUCCAAAUUCCAUGCAAUACAUGACUCUACUUUCAACAGAACUGUGAGCCGUCAGUCAAUAAAAAUUCAGGAACUUCUUGGUACAGAUCAGUGUGACAAUGCAAGAGUUCCUAGAACAUUAGAAUGUGAAUUUAUGGAAGAUUUAGUAAAAACAUGCAUACCAGGAGAUGAUAUUACCAUUACUGGCAUCAUCAGAGUUAGAGAUCCUAUUGGAAAUAAUGGCAAAAAUAAGCAGAACACUGUUUUCAACUUAUAUUUGGAAGCAAUAUCAGUUUGGAAUAAUAAGAAGCAAAGGAAGAGUGAAUCUGCCUCUGAAGGAAUAACUUUCAAUACAAAUGAUUAUUACCUAAUAAAGAAAAUUCACUCUGAACCCAAACUGUUCAGACUGUUGGUCCACUCACUGUGUCCCAACAUCUAUGGACAUGAAAUUUUGAAGGCAGGACUUUUGUUAUCCUUGAUUGGUGGUACCAAAACUGAAACGUUCAGAGGAGAGUCUCAUGUUCUGAUGGUUGGUGACCCUGGAUUAGGAAAAAGUCAGCUACUGCAGGCUUGUACAAAUGUUGCUCCAAGAGGAGUUUAUGUUUGUGGUAACACUAGUACAACUUCUGGUUUGACAGUUACUAUGACAAGAGAUGGAGGGGAAUAUUCUCUUGAAGCUGGUGCCUUGAUGUUAGCUGAUCAAGGAUGUUGCUGCAUUGAUGAAUUUGAUAAAAUGCCCUCCCAACAUGCUUGUCUUUUAGAAGCCAUGGAGCAACAGACUGUCAGUAUAGCAAAAGCUGGCGUAGUGUGCACUCUUCCGACAAGAGCGACCAUUUUUGCUGCGGCAAAUCCAGCCGGAGGCCAUUAUAAUAAAGCUAAGACCAUAUCCGAAAAUCUGAAGAUGGGCUCUCCUAUGCUGUCUAGGUUUGACUUGAUUUUCAUUUUGCUGGAUCUAGCAAACGAGCAACUAGAUUCACAGCUAUCAAAGCAUAUAUUAGGAGUACAUAAUAAUCUUAUGGGGAAAGCAAAGAGCCAAAUAACCCUUAAUAGUUCCAUUCUCAAUGCAUCGUCAAAUGAGACUUUGAGUGAUCGCCUCAAAUGCGAUGGUGAACAUAUAGAUUAUAUCCCGCACAAUCUGUUCAGAAAAUUUAUAGCAUAUGCUCAUAAAUAUGUGAAACCCCAACUAUCAGAAGAAGCUAAAAAUCUUUUGAAAUCGUUUUAUCUUACUCUCCGGAAACAAUUUCGGACAGGAGACUGUACUCCAGUCACAACCAGGCAGUUAAAUUCCUUGAUACGUCUGUCUCAGGCAAGAGCAAAAGCAGAACUCAGAGAGGAAGCUACCAAAGAGGAUGCAGCCAAUGUUAUUGAAGUAAUGAAAUUCAGUUUGAUAGACAUUUUUACCGACAGCUCUGGUCUACUUGAUAAAACUAGAUCACAAAAUGGUACUGGGACUAGUACCAAAUCUCAGAUAACACGGCUAUUGAGGUUAAUUCAACGCAAGUCUGAUGAAGAAUCUAAGGCUACUUUCACAAAAAAUGAAAUUAAAGAGAUGAGUGAGCUAGUAGGGAUAAGCAAAGAUAAGUUUUUCACAGUUCUGCAAAACCUUAAUAUACAGGGUUUUCUAUUGAAUAGGGGUCAAGGAAAUUAUCAGCUUGUUACUGCAGAUGUAUAA